AUGGAUCCGCCGCCGCCGCCGCCGCCGCCGCUGCCACCACCACCACCACCACCACCAUCACCCCCACCAUCUACUGUUCCACUACUUGGUCCAGGGCGUCAUGGUGGAGGAUGCUUGGAUUCAUGGUUAGCUGAGGAAGGGGGAGAAAUUGGAGCAAACAUAAAAGCUACGGGUGCUGACUGA